AUGGAUAAAAGCGGCUCGCGCUCAGAUGCGUCAGUGCGCGCGGCCGGGCGCAUCGACGCUUUUUGCGAAAGCGAGGCCUACGUGCCCGCCUGGGGCUGCGCGGCUUCGGGAAACAAUCCCGUGGACCCGAUUUCAAGCGGAGCCAAGGUUCCAUACGCACGGGCAUGGCGAAGGGGGUCGCGGAAGGCUUCUCUAAAGAUGCUUUCGGCACCUCCAAGCUUCCCUUUGCCAAUGUUGAAUCUAUCCGUGGGCCUGCCUUUGUGGGGCUGUUGGUUUUGGCAAAAAAGCCCGGCGCAGAGAAGCCGGGCAAAAUAUAAGACACAUUCCUUUUUCAUUUAUUUAGGGGAAAUGGGGCCCGCAGCGUUUUGUCUCAAGGCAGGGGCUGCGAAGGCCCAUGGGGGUGCCCGGGGCCCGGCGCCUUCGAUGCGAUUCCGAAGCGCCACCGCUGCCACAAGCGGCAAAACAGGCAGGGCAAUCGCACGCGCGCGCGCGCGAGCAGGCAGGCCGGUUUCCGUGCGGAACGGGCCUUGGUCCCCCAGGCUGGGCCGAACCGUGCCGACUGACGGGGCCUGCGGGGGUGUGAAAAAGCCCUUGCUGGAUGGAGGGCCGGGGCCUCUCGAAUACGCGGUGGGGGGGUUUUCCCUUUUCCCGGGCGCAUCCUACUCUGGUUUUCUACGGGGAAAGGCUUUGGGGAGAGGGAAAAAUAGGCCCAUGGAAAUUCCCACAUGCUUUGAUGGCGAAGUGUUGUUAUAG